AUGUGGUGGGAGGUGGUGGUGUUUUUCAUUUUUUUCCUUGUAGAAUGCAAGGACAAGGACACACUACUGAAUACUGAGCACUUUGUGGUAAAUGCUGAUGCUGUCAGGGGGAAUGGUACAGAAAGCAAUGUGCUAGCUGCAUUCCAAAGCACAGCUACAAAGGAAGAAGUUGAGGAUACCUUCAGAACAGAAGAUAGGAUCAGCUCUGUAAAGAAGGUGGAGGAAGGUGGGAGAUGCUGCACUCUGAAGGCAACUGGGUCACCCUCCCAAGUCUCAGUGGCCCUUGAUGGCCAACUUGACCUUGGCUCAGUGUGUGGGCAGCUGUCGAAUUUCUUCAGUGACGAGAAGGCUGUGUCCCCACUUUCUCUGGUUGAAUUUGCACAGGAGCCCACAGUUCAGUCAGGGCCAGAUGAACAGUAUGAAAGCUAUUACUCUGAUGGGUUUGAAAAGGAGGCAAAGAAGAAAAACCGUAAUGAUGGAAGUGGAAUAUAUGCUGAGAAAGCAUCUAGCGGAAUCCCUGGAGAUACCUGCAGGCAGGAUAUGUGCGGCCCAGCUACUUGCCAAUCAUUCAAAUACACUUCAGCCAAUGCUGCAGCUCAGCAGUCCUAUAAGAUGUCUUCUGUCCUGGAAUCUGGAAUUAUCCAUGGUGGCACCAAGGGAAAAAAAGAGUUACUUGGGAAUCCAGAAAUUCUGCUGCCGGUCAGGAAAAAAUCACGCACCUUCUAUAGUGCAGAGCAGCUAGAAGAGUUGGAGAAGAUGUUCCAGGAAGACCACUACCCUGACAAUGAGAAGAGGAAGGAGAUCGCUGCUGUGGUUGGUGUAACACCACAGCGUAUCAUGGUCUGGUUUCAGAAUCGCAGAGCAAAGUGGCGAAAAUCAGAGAAGCUGAGUGUGAAAGGCAACAAAAAAUAUCCAACAUCAUCAGUUCUGUCAGACCCCAUUGGGUCAGAUGGUUAUGGGGCAACUGUUCCAUCCAUGCCUCCAUUGCUUGACAUUGCUCGUGACCGGUCUACCAUGUUGAGUGUAGACACUACAGCUGGGAACUACUCCAGCCUGCUCAGUGGACAUCCUGCACCACUUGCCUCCUCCUCCUCAGUCUCUUCGGUAGCAGGAACGGUGGGAUCUUGUGAAGCAGUUCAGACAAAGGUGUUACCACAGCUCAACUUCAGUUCCAAGAGAACAGAGUGCUUCCCUGAUCUUCCCAGCCCUCCACCCAUCCGCAGAGCCAGCCUAUCUCUCAGUCUGUCCUUCAGCCCCCACAGUCAUAUGGUUCCCUUGAUGCUGGACACUCCCAACAGUAAAUGCAGCUUGUCCGGUCACGAAAAUGGCUCUGGAGAGGCCUUCACUUACAGCAUCCAGAAUCAAGGCUUGCGUUCACCAGUUUCCUGCAAUUAUCCUGAGCAGCUGGAGUCAGCAGGCAACCUAGACACCACGUAUUGUCAGUACAGCAGCCAGGGUGGAAUUUACCAGCUGCCCCAAUAUUCCACGCAGCACCAGCUCUCCCAGUUCCAACAUCUGCCAGGUCACCUGGCCAGCAACAUGCUCUCCAGUGUCCGCCUCACUCCCACAACACCCACUGAGUCUCAUGCAGCUUUCCUCGCCUUACCUGGUAACAGUGGAGUUAUAACCUGUGGGGCAGCAGGAGCCACACAAGGCUACGUACAAAACCACAUGGGGACACAGCUCUUGUCACAGCAGCCAAGUGGAAACUCAGGUGUCACUGUCUAUCAGGCUGUCCCCUGGAAUGAUUUCUAUAUGCAGGGAGCUCCAUUCUCCAAUCAUUUGUGCUCACGAAUGCCGUUUCCUAGCACAGCAGGAGGACAGUACUUCACAGAACAGAUUUCCUCCACUCAGCCACCUUGCCUAUCCUCUUCAUAUUUUCUUCAAGUGCCUAAUAGAACAACAAUGGGAUCCAUGCCACUCAUUGGAAAACAAAAGGGAGUGACACCACCAGACCAGAGUUCAUACCAGAACCAUGAAACAGAGCCAGAGUUGACAUCGCUCGCUGAAAGAGAGGAAGCAGAGAGUAGCAGCAAGAAAGGAGACGCUGUUGUUGAUAUUAAGGAAGAAACUAAUGACUGAUGGUGCUCUCUGAGCAAAAAGAAAAAUGAGGAUGAAACUACUAUUCUAAACUGCAAUUAAGAAAAGACAGAGAGAGACAACAAUAAUAUUUGCAACAGAAGCACUUUUUUGUUACUUUUUGGGGGGUUGUAUUUUAUUUCUUGUUUCCAUUAUUAUUUUCCUGCUGAGGAAAGAAGCAGGGAAAUUUAAAAAAAAUAAAAGCUUCUGGUCUGUUUUUUUGCAAAUCUCCUGACUUUAUUCUUCUUAACAAAUUCUAAUCUUGAGGAGCUCACAGACAGGAAAGCGCUGAUAUAGGCAGAGAGUCCUAUGGGUAAGUGGAAAAUCCAGAUCAUGCAAGAGUCAGAAGCUGUGGCUUCUGGUGUGCUGGAAUACGUGGGAGGAGAGACCAGGAAAAAUAAGAUGUAUGGAAAACUGGAGGAGGGACUCCAGCCACUACACAUAAUUUUAGGGACUCCUAAAGAUGGGAACCCAAACCCAUGGGAAGCCCACUAUGGGUUUGGCUCAGUUAUUUCAAAAGAGGUUAAGCUCUGGGUUUUUUGGGUUAACAGGAUCUGUGGAUGGUUUAUGUGGGUGUCUUGCAUUUACACCCGCAUCCUGCUAGGAUGUGCUGCAGUUCAAUCUGACAAGGUGUUUGAUAAGCAUGACUUUUCUCAUACCCCACCUCCUACAGCGGGAAGAUCAUGCUGCAGUGUUAGCAGGAGUAGUUUAGCAGAGCAAACAAUCUUGGCUUGAUAGUCUUGGCAUCUGCUUAACCUGGAACUGUCAGCUUAGGAAGUAGAUAAAAAUGUCUCAAAUCAGUCGUCAGCACCACUAGCAGAGGACUCGAGCCAUAGCUCUAGUCCCUAGGGACCACGGGUGCCAAAUGAGUUUUACAGAAUCAUAGAAUGGUUGGGGUUGGAAGAGACCUCUGGAGAUCAUCUAGUCCACCCCCUGUGCUAAAGCAGAUCCACCUAGAGCAGGUUGCACAGGAACACAUCCAGGUAGGUUUUGAAUAUCUUCAGAGAGGGAGGUUCCACAGUCUCUCUGGGCAGCUUGUUCCAGUGCUCUGUCACCUUCACAGUAAAGAAUUUUUUACCUCAUGUUCAGAUGGAUCUUCUUGUGUUCUACUUUGUACCCAUUGCCCUUUCUCCUACCACAGAGCAUGACUGAAAAAAGUCUGGCUCUAUCCUCUCGACACCUGCCAUUUAGAUAUUGAUAAGCAUUAAUAAGAUCCCUUCUCCAUCUUCUCUUCUCCAGGCUAACCACGCACAGGUCUUUCAGCCUCUCCUCAGGAGAGAGAUGCACCUGUCCUCUAAGCACCUUUGUGGUUCUCUGCUAGACUCUUAUUGAACUGGGGAGCCCCAAACUGGACACGGUACUCUAGAUGGGGCUUCACUAAGGCAGUGUAGAGGGAGACUGGACACAACUUUCUUACUGCACCCCAGGAUACUAUUGGCUUUCUUGGCCAUGAGAGCACGUUGCUGGCUAAUGGUUAGCUUGUUGUCCACCAUGACCCCCAGGUCCUCCACCACCUCAGUGAGAGGAUAUGUUAUAUGAAUAGGUAAAACCACAUGGUAGGGUCCCACUGUGUCCUUGUGAGGAAAGACCAUGAUGUGGUAGGAAGCUGGAAGUACAUUUUCUUUGAUACUUUCUGUAUUUAAGGCCGAGUCCUUCCACUCUUUUGGACAUGAGCAAGGCCUGAAUAAUUUUUAUAUUUACAAUGAUCUGAGUGCCCCUAUUGUGAAAUUAAGCACUGUAGGGGCUUUUGUUUCAACUUCUCCAUAGUCUGCUCAAAACGAGCAUUUGGCAGGAGUUCAGUGCUGCUGCUCCUCUCCUUUUUCUUUCUCCUGUCUCUUGUUAAACACUGGUUUAUGUCUGGCAGCAGCUGAAGACUCAGCAGUGCAGUCAGGGGCAGAUUUGUAUCACAAAUCUACAGUUCUGUAUAGAGAUUCUAUGACUUUCAUUUCCUAGAGCGGUUUAUUGCUGUCUGUAUCAGCUGAGCACUGUUGGGAAAUGUGCGUUAGUUCACCCCUUUUUCAGCUAAACCAGUAUUUCCAAGAGUUGUGGAUAGGAGUUUUCACUGCAAUUAAAAGUGUGCUCUGAAGAUUGUUAAUGGUGACAACAGCAGAAUUCUUCAGAGCUAGAACUGGCUAUGAAUAUUGCCUGGAUACAAACCCAAUCCUUUGAGAAGAUGAAAAGGACAAACCCAACAACGGAAUGCUAAUUUCUCUGCUCCUACCUCCCCCUUCUCUUACAGUAAAGAAAAAAGAAUUUCGGGUGUUUUCAGAGGAACUUUUAUUUUCAGAAAUAUGUGUUUUGGAUGUUGUUUGGUGGCACAGUUGUGCAGCCAGUUUACAUGUUCUGCCUACCACACUUCUCCUUAAAAUGUAAUUUCACCAGUCAGGAUCACAAAGGGCUAUGCGAUACUAGGGGGGCUGAAUGAGGACAGUCAAAAUUUUGAAAUGGAAAAUCUUUUGUGUUCAAGCUUUUGUAUAAAAUGGAUACUUCUUUGGGAAUGGUUUGAUUCAUUUCCACACUAGUACCUUAAAUUUGCCCGGUUCAAUUGGGCUUGAAGUUUUGAACUGGGAUUUCUUUCAUAUUGUUGUUAACAGCUGGAGGAAAGAGUGGGUACCUGAUGGACAGAUUCAUCCCUUCUGUGGUUGCAGUGACUUCGCUGGAGCUAAACCAAGUUUAAUCUACUUCACAGGGAGGCAGACAGGUAUUUUUUCCCGGUGCUGCCACUGGCAGAAGCAACAACGGUCCUUGACCAUGUGCCAGGUCACUGACCAAGGUGAAGAGUCUUGCAUGGAUCUGUGAGCCUCUCUAUUAGACCUGCAAAACCCAUUGCACUAGUAUCUCAGAAUGUCAUUGCUCUGUGCACUAUUUUCCCUGUUGUAACUUCCUUUUAGUGGAAUUAGGUGCACUUUGCACAGACACUUUGGAUUUAGGCCCCUGUGUGCUUUUAUGAGGCGCUUCCUUUGAGUGUUAAGACUCAAGAAGGCUCACUUAAUUAGGGGAGCAGCAUCAAAAUUCAAAAUGCCAUGACUUUCUAACUGUAGUAUUUCCUUUUCUGAAGUAAAGAAUUGUUUUGCCUCUCUAUCAUAAUUUUAACCAGAAGUGCUGAGACAAGCAGUCAGAAUUUUGAAGGAAGUCAGGCUUGGUGCAAAUGGAAUAGUUGUGCAUUAUCAAGUAUUGCUGUAGUUUCUUCCUAAUUAAUGAAGAUGUUUUAUGAGGCAGAAAGCCAAAUACCUGGAUAUUUGUAGUGGACUAAUUCAGUACUACUGUUAUAAGACUGGAAAGGAGAGUGAAGAUACUGCAGGCAAAUUUCAAGAGAAAAGUUUUGUCCAGUUACCCAAAGUAUGGCUGUUUAGCCGAACAUGGCAUGCACACAGUCACUUUGGCAUAUCUACCUAAAAUAUUGCAUAUGCUAACAUAAUUAAAAUUUUAACCUUCUGCUACUUCUAAAUAAUUGAUGUACAAACAGGUAAAUCUAGCAUAUUAACCUUUUCCUAAAUGCCUUUGCCAGCAUGUAGACAUUCUUUUCUACAAGCAACUCGUGUUUUAUGUGGUGAGAACACAUAAAAACCUCAUGAACUAACUCUUCUCUUUCAAUCAAAAAGAGAAAUCUUUUCUUACAAGUUCCUUAGUUUCAGUACAGCAGGAUACAUUAGGAAGUAUCAACAUUUGUUUGGUUUAGCAGUUGAAAUUCCCAAGGUAUUUUUUUGCAUUGCUGAUUAUAAUGUGUGCUACAAAUAGCAUGAGAAAAAUAUCAUUGCUGAAUGGUAGAUAUUGAUUUUUCUUAGUGUUGCUGUGCUAAGCACAAGAACAACAUAUGAAUAAAAAAACCCCACCAAACAAAUCCAUUAUCUGACAGUGCUGUGCAUCUUCACAAAUAAAUGCUGACGAGCAUGGAAACACCUGUGAUACCUCAUUUAGUUUAAUGAUAAUCAUCCCUUCAGAACUGGUAAUAAAUCUGCCAGAUAAGACUGCACAACAUGAGAUGCACAGUGUUAAGUCAUCAAAACCAGCAUUGAGGGACUCUGGGAUGCAAUGCUUACUCUUCUUGUAUCCCACAUGCCUGUAUCAGUGUGAUCCUAUCAGACAAGGGUUCAUAAAUCCUGAACAUUAAGCCCACACUUUCACAGAGAGCAGGGUUGUGACUGAAAGCCAAUACAGGUUGUCAUUGGAGAAGUGAACUGCAGAAAAGUGUUUGAUUUUACAGCAAGGCAGCUGUAAAAUAGCCAGGAGCUUAAAGGUUCCAGUUAUAUACAGGCAUAUGUUACCCUCCUGGGAUACUUCUUGUGUCCUCUGUGCUUACUAUACAGUUUUACAGCACCCAGAACAAGGAGUUGAAGUUUCCCCUUUGCUUUCUUUUCAGGAAUUUUGAGCAAGUUGUGAACAACAGAGAAAUCUGCAGCCUGUUUUACCUGCAAAGUGUACCUUUUGGGUCCACUUUGCCUUCUGCUCCUGAGAAAGAGAGGAAACCCAGCUCCUUCAGCCCUCCCUGCUGCAAUGGAGGGGCAGAGGCAGAAGCCUCUGUGUAGUUUCUGGGGAGGGGAGCUAAUCUCCCUUCCUUCUUCUCUGAGAAGGGAAUUUCCUCCUUACCUUUAAUCACAGCUGCUUCUCCUCAACCAGGCCUCUCAACAAAGCUGGGUGGAUUUUUUGCUUGCUUUUUUGGGGGUGCAGGCAGCCAUGGGUGUUCCCAUGAAGAGUUAUACCUGUCCUCCUCCAUUUCUGCCCAGGAUCUUCCUUGCACUUUAUGUGGCUCCAGAAGACGCUAUAAAAUCAAAACUGUGUGAUGGGUCAUGAUUAAGUUUGGUGGGAGCCUCUAUUUUUGAGCUCCUGUGAUCUCUGAGGAGUGCAGAAACAGUGGUGUGAGAAGGUUGGACAGAAAAAAGAGAGCACUGAGGGGACAGAAUAAUAGGACUAGGGAGGAAAAGCAGCACUGUUCAGACAGUGCUGGGAAUCCUGAGCCCACAAACAACUCUGACUUGUUAUAAACGUGUUUGUGUCCAAGCAAUAUCUCUGCCGUUGGCACUGCUGCUGUCUGGCAUCUCCUCCUGCCACGCACCUGCAGCUUUUGUUCCAUGAGAGAACUGAAUGUGGCCUUUGCGCUGCCCGGUGGCCCCAUGGCAGGCUGUGCAGCAGAAGGGCAAGUGGGGGGCAGAAGGCUUCCAGCCACUGCUUUUAAGCUCCGUUUUGGUUUUCAUGAUGGGAUUGUCAUGUUGAGGUAUUACACACCCAUUUUUCUGAGCUCGCCUUCACAUUUCACCAAGGAGCAUUUCAAUCUGCCUGAAACCAUACUGAUACCAUGGGAGCCCUUCUUGUCAGCCAAUGGCUUCUGGGCAUUGUUUUAAUAUAAGCCAGUCAGGGAAGGAGGAACCAAAAUAAAGGUUACUCUGAGACCCUUCCUGAGAGGGGGUCCCCAUCCCAAGUUCUGGCUCUGUGCUCCAGCAUGUGGGUGCUGGGUUGGCUGGAGAGCAUGUCUGAGCAGCUUGGAAGGCUUUCACAAAAAGCUGCACCCAAUGCCUGCCAGCUCCGCCUGCCAGAGCAGAUGAGGAAAGUGCAGUACAGAAAAAAUAUUCCAUGAAAGCUGAGAGCUGCACACACCCUGAUUUCUGCAACUUCGGGGCUGCACCAAUGUGAGCUGGCAAGCUGCAGGCUGGUGCUGCGCGACAUCCCACACACGGUGGCAGCCUGUUUUUAUGGCUAGGUUGUUUACACUCACUCCAUUUGCAACAACAAAGGCUGAAAAUAUUUCCCAUAAUUUCUGUUUGCUGUUCUCUGCAGAAGACUCAUGUUUUAUUUUUACAGCAACCUUCCAUUUUGAAAAGCACUUUCCUGUUUGCGUCAUGUUCCUCCAGUAGCAGAGGAAUACUUGCCUGCCCAGUCUGCCAAGUACAAGCAAGAGGUGACUCCGGAGAAACACUGCCCUACGCAUCUGGAGGCAUGCUGUCUGAUGAUUCAUUUUGUUAGUGGCUCAGGAAGAAAAGCCCUUUGUAUACCGAUGACUGAAUAGCAGCCAAUGUCUCAUGAUGCCAAAAGUCAUUGCCUUUUUUCCUUUUGUAUUUUUUUUUUUUUAUUUUGGUCCCCAAAUUAUGCUCUCCACCCUGACAGAAGUUUAUGGAGUCAUUCCACUGAUUUAAAACACUGUUUUAAACUUUGCCUACACAAAGGGAGGAAAUGGAAAGGGAAUCCCCAUCUCCCUGACUCCUUAUAGGGGAAGGCUUGCCCUGCGGUGCCAGGCUGCUCCCACAGGAAAGCCUCUGCACAGGGAAAAGUGAGUAAUAGUACAGGAAUAUGCAUCACUCUCUACCGUGGCUACAAAGAGACUGAAUCAAGGUGGAAAAGAGAGUGUGAAAUGGGAAAAGAUGUGGAGGAGACAUGGGUGGGUAGCAGGAGUCGGGGGAGACACCGCUGCCUGCUCCGAGAUGUAGCUGGAUGCUGUGUGGGCAUCGGGAAAGUCUGGUGGGAACCUCUGGAAUUGUGUUAGGCUGUCAAUGCCUGCUGUGCAAGCCUAGCUGCAACCCAUCACAGGACUUGUCCAAUCAAGGUGGCUAGAAAUUAGGAGUGCAAUGAGAAAUGGGUUUAAUUCUUCUCUGACUUAUUUCAUUGUGAAAGGAAAUAGUUUCUGCCCCAAGCCUAAGCCAGCCUGGUUGGGUGGACAGGGCAUGCAGCCUGGAGCUGUGAGCGUGGACUCCAUGGAAGAGAGCAACAUCAGUCCUCUGCUAGAGGCUGCUUGGCUACCUUGAAGUAGAGGGUCUCACUAUUGUGGGCAUUUUGAGAAGAAGGUGAUUCCAUCUGCAAAACCCAGGAGGACAGAGGUGCUUCCCUCCAGCCUGGAGGAAGUUUGCCAAGGAUUUAAAGCAUCCUCUUGCUGGUUCGGUUGAUGGCCUGUUCAGCAGCUUUAGCCUUAGUUGGUUUUAGGAGCAUUUGCUCUGGAGGCUAAUCAGGUUCCACUUCAGUGGCCACAACUCCUCCCACAGCCAAAGCUCUUGCUAAACAAAUGUGCAGGACAUGGUGUAGACCAACGCCCUCCCUUGAUCCUGCCCACGCUGAGGGACUGUAAGCCGAGAAGAAAAAUGAGAUUAAAAAAAAAAAAAAAAAAAGGAGAAAUGGAACUCCUUGUUCUGCUCUGAAAAGCAACAUACAUAACACAUGAUGCUAUCAAAUAAAAUAUUGAAAUAAGAGUUGUUUCUGUUUAACUCAUUGGAUCUACAAAACCCAGCCUCGCCAAGGAAAAAAUGAGAGAGGUGCUCUGAGCCCACACAGGAUCAGCUAAAUUAAGUUCCUGGUUCAGGAGCACCUUUUGCCCUUAAAGGUAUUUACACAAAAUUAGCCACAACAUAGUUUGACUAACAUAAAAAGGAGUUGCUAUCUGGAGAGGCUGCAGAGGCAUGUGGGGAAUUCUCUAGGACUUUUUUUUUUACUGGCAAUUGCAUACAAAAUGGAAAAUAUCCUGCUUGAAACAGAGCUGGCAGGCAGAACAUAAAACCAACUUAGAAACUUUACACAACAUAGCUGAUGUGCAGCCAGUGACCCGCAGCAGCAGCAGGGCCUUACACAGCCACUUUUUAGAGAGUAGAACGGCACAUUAUAGAGUAUACUUCACAUUAAAAAAAAAAAAAAAAGCAGAUAAUUUUUCAUUUUUUUUCAGAGAUCAUUAAAAAAUUAAGAAAUACUGCUAGGAAAGUGCUGCUUUUAUCCAGCCUCUUUUGUGCACAUGCGAUCUUGUGAUUAUUUUUAGCUCAGAGCCCCUGUCUCAGCCAGCAAAAAGGUAGGUAGUAAUUUGGAUUGUUUUUUUUUUUUUUUUUUUUUUUUAGUCUUUUCAGCCAGUGCGUGACUGAGGCCAUAUUUACUCCAUGUAAUCUUAAUUCCUCACUGAGUUAAUAAGUUCCAUGUGGCAUUUUGAUCAUGCUGAUCAGUAUGCUUUAUCAGUGUGCCACAAACGUGAAAGUAUCCACAGAACAUCCUGCGGGAAUAGGAGGCAAUAAUUCUCUUCUACCUCCUGACUUUACAGCUUGGGAGUUCAGAAAUAGGUACUGGCAAUGGACUGGGACAACAGAGGCAUAAUUCUUCAGGAAGUGCAAGGGUUUGUAGUCCAUGGCUCUUACAGACCUCAGCUGCUGUCAUGUAGCCCCAGCACCCUAGCAAAACUAAAAGCACUUCACUUAGUACCCUCAGAAAAUGAAGACCACAGUCACACUUGCCCCACAACACUUUGGGCCUGAAAUGGGACAACAUCAGUGUGUCUUCAUCACAAGAACAUUCUUUCUCUUCCCUGAGUUCCUCGAUUUGUUCAUUAGAAGCUUCAAGCUCCUGCCAAAAGGGAAGCACAGGUCUUGCACAUCUGUACCGCCAUGCAUACCCAUAUGAAUUAGAGGCUUCCUCCAUGCUCUUCAUACUAGCAUCAUCCAAGACUGCAGCUUUAAUGUUGUUUAUUCUCUACUCUUGGUUGUUCUUUGUUUUGUGAAAUCAAUGGCAAAAGCUACAGUUCACGGUGCAAGAUCAUACUGCCACAUCCACAUCAUGACCACGAGAAGGCUGGAGCCUUUGAUUUCAUCAUUUGAUCUAAAAAACAAGCUGAUAGACCCCUUCAUAGUGUCAGGGUUUUAAGCUAGAAGAGGCAUUAAUAUUUUUUAAUCUGAUCUCUUGUAUAUCCAGGCCAUUAGAUUUUCUCCUAGGUAUUACCUGUUCCUGUCACUGCACAGCUUAUUGUCCUUCCUCUUUAUCCUUGCACCUAUACUGUGUUUGCCUUCCCCACUCUGUUUCUAGCACUGACCCUUUCCUCCAUCCCUAAUUUUUCUCCCUCCCCUUACUUUCCCAGCCCCUCUCUUCAGCUUAUCUUCCUGUGAUACAAGUCUCACCUUUUCUGCACCACCGUCAAUCCUACUCCAGGCUGCAGAACACGACAUCUGGGGGAAGCUUUCCAUGCUGCUUCUAGCAAACAUGAGGAACGGCUUCUGGCUUUCUUUUAAAAUGUCAGAAAGGGAAGUAGGGGUGGAAGGAGAAUGUGGUGCCCUCAACCUCUACUCAUCCAUUUAGGGUUACAGUGACUACAGCCCUCCCCCAGGAUUUAGAAGAAGUGCCUCCAGCACUGUCACUCCCUGGCACAAGGACAGAGGCUACUGGCUACUCCGCUUUUUUUUUUUUUAAUUUUCCUGUUGAAACAAAAUGAAAAAAAAAAAAAUCCAAAAGGUCCCAAAGGAAGGUGCAUAACCCUCUCUGUAACACCCUAGGGAUGCAGAGGCCCAACUGCCAUUUCCUAGUAAAAGUGGUCACGUUAUAAAUGCACAAAUGCUCCUGGAACUGGUAUCUUUCUUCUCCCAGCUCCAAGCGUCACAACCACAGAGCUGCAAAGUCAUCCAUCUCACCCAGCAUCAAACUGUCCUGUGUAUUGCAACACCAGAUCAGCAAUAAAAGCGUGGGCAUGAGAAAACCUGCUCUCACAUUUGCGGAACAGCAAGAUGUUUCUGCAUCAUCUAGCACACUUUGCUUUUGUGUCAUCUGCAGUUCCUACGGGAACUUGGCAACACACCCAACACAGCCAGUUUUACAACACAGUCUUGUGUUAAGUCUGCCAUAAAGUAUUUAGUAUGAAGCUGAGAGAAUUAACAUGAAUCACUUAACCAGGAGGGCUGACUAGAGAUAAAACUUCAAGGCUGCCUACCACAGCACCAAAACCAGAUCAAUAGGUUUUAUGCAGCAGAUAUAGUUCUCGAGAUGAAUAGCUGGGCAUCUGGGAUACCAGCAAGGAUCCAAGAAAGCUGUGUCCCUUGGUGGCCCUAGCCCCAAAGAACCUCAGAGCCAAGCAGUCUGGGUUAGGGCAAUGCCUGGGCAUCUGGUGAUUCCUAGCCAGAGGAGGCUGGGAGCGCUGAAGGAGGUUGAGGCAGGUUCACCACCAACCAGGACUGCCUUUAAUGUUUUCACUUGCAAGCUUGUGCUUCCACACUGCCCCUAAGGACAAGCCUUGCUUUACAUUUUGCUAGAUACAUUCUGUUCAUGUUUUGUUACCAAGCCUGGGGGUAGCAGGGGAAAAGACUAGAUGAGUCUGAAUGAAACCAUCAAAUUUGGAGGGUGUUGUCCCACCAGGGGCAGCAAACUGCAGCACAGGGCCAUUUGCAGGUGUGCCUGAAAGACUGGUACCUCAGGAGACAUUUCAGUAGUCUGGGUGCUUUGUAACAGCCUACAGCUGGUCUGUGCCAAGUCUGAUGCUUUUAGGCUUUAGCUCAUCAGGGUUUCCCUCCAGGAGAGCGUAUGUUCCCUGCACAAAGCCAAAUGCAGAGGUGUGCCAUGGGCCUGGGUGAACCUAAUCCUCAAGAGGGCUGAGAAAACCUGGUCUCCUCCACCCAGGACAACUGGUAGCAUGCAGAGUAGUAGUUUGUGUGCUCAUCUAGAAAGACAGGUGUUGAGGACAAGGGGUUGCAUUCCCUGGACAAGAGAAGAGAGCUCCUGGGGGGAGUCUAUUGUACAAAAGGGCCCUUUCUCUUGCCUUUGAGAAAAUUUGCCUACAGAGUAUUUACACUGUGACCUAUCCUCCAGGUGCAGCACAGAGAUCCAUAAACAUCUAGAAGAAACCUCCCCAGCGAGCCCAUCUCCUCCUGGAGGCAGCCCAAAGCAAGAGCCACCCAACUCAGGUCUCACCAGGCUGAGAAAAUUUGGCUUGCAUUACAGCACAGCUCCUGUUCCCAGGAAAAGCCUAAUGACUAUCUACAGAUUUUAGGUGGAAGUUUUUCAGUGCUAGUCCCAAGGACAUGCUUAGGUGCCCACAUAUUUUGGGGGCUUCCCCUCCAGGUCCAGCAGGACUGUAUAGAUGAUGUCUCCCAGAAGCUUGUAAUUAGGUGCUCUUUUUCUUUCUAAACAGUCAUAGGCACACCCCUAACAAAAAGUAGAGACAAUCCACAACUCUCCAAGACAGAGGCUGUACUUCUGUUAAACAGUGGUUGGACUUUGUUUUUUCUAAACAUUGACAAAAAUUUUUUCCUCUCAGCUCAUUGUUGGCAACAACCAAAUUCUGUUUGCUGAUCCUUCAGUGCAUACAAAAAACCCCAUUCAACUUGAGGAAGGCAGCACAGAAAGUUUUAGCCCAGACACUUGAACUCUGGCAAUGAUAAUGUGCUGAUAAUGGGGUCUGAUAACCAAAAGCAUGGAUGAAUGGUUAGUACCAGCUGUUGGACUAUUUUACAGAUAAAUGUGACACACAUUGUAAAACAAAGUGCUUAUAGAAGGGAAAAAUAAACUUUUUAACAGAAAUCUUCCCCAAGAGUGAGAUAGGACCUGUGCCAGCAAGCCAGAGUGAGAAGAGCUCCUCUCACAGUGUAAGAAGAGGUCAUCAGCAAUAAGCAAAGGGCUUGCUCUUCUCAGAAGGGAUGCGGUCACUUGCACCCCCAACAUGGCUGGAAAAGCAGAGGAAGCAACUUGCAAGAUAGGCUUGACAGGCUCAGGAAGAGGAACUGAUGGCAGCAAAAAAAAAAAAAAAAAAAAAAUCAACUUUUACUAAUUGCAGUACCAAGACAAGGGUGGAGCCAAGCUGGCCCUUGCAAAGAGCAGCUUACUCUUUCUAGUGAGCCUUGGCAGAUGGGUUUAGCAGUCCUUGACAAGAACGACUUGCCAAGCAGCAUGUUUACUGGUUGCUCAGCUUCCUGCCCUGUUGCCACCUUCUGUUUUGGUUCUUUUUCCAUGAUAAAGUCCUUCAGCACAGACAUGCUAUCCUUCACAAACCAAUAAAAUGCCAAAGAAACUGCUUAUUGUUUUUCAAUAUAGUUCUUCUAACCUUGGCUGCUAACAUGCUGGAGCAUCCCAAGGGAGAGCUAAAGGGCACAGCUCACAGCUUCUCUUCCCAGAAAGCAACAGAACAAAACCCAUGGCUCUGAUAAUUAUGUUUUCUCAGGAAAGAUAAAUGCUGAAAGCUUUCCCAGAACACUGGUGAGGUAUUUUUCCCUACAUUUAGUGUACUUGCUUCUGCCAGAAAAGGAUCUUUAGGUAGCCCACAGUCACAACAAGUUGCCAAGUGUGCAAAAAGAGACAUUAAUUUUAAAGGAGGCCAAUAAUGAAUGGGGCACUGGAAGAGUCUGCUGGGAACUACCCUGUUUAACAUCUUUACCUCAAGGAAAUGGUGAAGUCCACUUUCCUCAUAUUUGCAGGGGGGACUGGUCAACAUGCUUAAGGUCAGAGCUGUUAUCCAGAUAGGCUGGAGGAAUGGGUCAGAGACCUUAUGAAAUUCACCACAAAUAAUUGUGAAGUCUCACAUCUGGAAAGAAAUAACCCCAUGGCAACAGUACAGGUUGGGGACUACCCGGCUGGGGAGAAGCUCCACUGAAAAGGCCAUUUUGGGGGAGUUGGGGUGGGGGUAUUGUAGACAGCAAGCUGAAUAUGAGCCAGGAGUGCACCCCAGCAAUGAUGAAGGCCAACAGCACACUCAGCUGCAUUAACAGGAACAUAAACAGUGGAUCAAGGGAAGUGUUCAUCUCCAGCUUCUCAGCAGUCAUUAGACUGCAUCCGAAAUAUUGUGUUAGUGCCCAGUUUUUUCCCCCCUCAGCUCUGCCCUCCCCAUCAGAAAGGCACUGACAGCAAGCUUGAUGCAGCACAAACAAGAUGCUGAGAUUACAGGGCCUGCUCAACCUGGAGAAGACAAGACUCUGAGAGGCCUAACAACAGCCUUCCAAUACCUGUGAGGAGGUCACUAAAGACAGAGCCAGGCUCCUUACUGUGAUGUGUGGUGAGAAAACAGGACUGAACUCUUGUUCAGCUCUAUCAUCCUUGUUUCUUGGAGCAGAGCAAAUAGCCUAGCCCACAGUAGAGCCAUGAGGCCUGCUGGGACCAGACUCCCUGAAAACAGACUCUACUUGCUUCUCUGACCAAUGAGAUUUUUUUUUCUUCACUCAUAUACAAAGUAAGAGUCACAGAACUGCAAAGCAGUGACUACUCUCAUACAAAGAGAAGCAGAACAGUAACUUUAUUGAACACUCCCUGCCACUUUUAAUAUCUGUCUCCAUUUACACUGGGCCCUGAAUAGCCUGCAAGUAGGCCAGAUUGUGAAUCAUGACUUGCUUGCAACUGACCCUAUCUCUACACUGCCCCUGUUGCAUUGUGGACAGUGGGAUGCAAUCUGAAAUUUUGAUGUGUCCAUCUCCCUCAUAGGAACUUGAUUUGCUCUAUGUCUCCACUAUGAAGAUAACCACACAAGUACACAUGCAAGGAGAGGACCCAAGAUAUCUCAACAACAGAGCAGCAUUAAGGAUAUUUAAAGCUAUUCUUUUAAUUACAAGCCUCAAGUUGAGAGGAGACUGUGGGUUUGGAAAGGGCUGCUGAGUACUCCCCCAUCUUUCUAUAAGUAGAGGCUGAAGGUACAGCUUGCAUCACACUGCACCAGCUCCAAGCCAAAAAACUUGUCCUGUGGUGCAACUUCCCCUGAUCUCCUCCACCCUAUUCCUUCCUUGUACAGAGCCACAGAGCAGCCUCUUGAGAGCAGCUCUUUAAAUCCAGCAGAACCUGCCGUGCUAGUAUUUCAAAGGGAGUGAUUUCACUGGUGAGACAGAGCAAAAGUGCAGUAGUCCAGCACAUGGCAAAUUACAGACUAAACGCCAGCAUCGAGAACAAGGCAUAAAAGGUCACUUCUCAGCCAUAGCUCGAAUAUCUAUUCAGCAUCAAAUAGGCAGCUAAAGAGGAGCAUUCAACAUGCCAUGAAUGGCUGCCUUGUGGAUUCAUUUUGUAGAAGCCACACAUGUGGAAGCCUAUGUCCCACAGCGGAAAAAUCUCACUAAACUAUUUUUAUCAUUGCCAAAGUCUUGCAACUGUCUAGAUGUUCUAGGUUCAUUUAUAAGUGACCUUUGAUAGUGUUCAAGAUCCUAGUGCUGGCAGUUCAAAUUAGGUCAUUUCCUCCUAGCUGCCAACAGGCAGAAAGUGAAGAGGUGGCUAAUUUACAAUCAUAAUUAUACAGUGGUCAUAGAUUUAAACGACCCUCUAAACAUAGAAAAUCCCCAAACCCCAACUUGGGCUGUGCGAAGUUAGCACUUGUCUUCCUAAUUUGUAGCAGCAACUCUCACGCAGGGACAGCAUCCCCCAGCCCCGUAAGGUGUCCCUCACUGGCAGCAGCAGCAACUUGUUUACACCACUGAAAAGCACCAGGUUCUUCAUGCUUCUUCCACCACUAUGCAGCACCCUCUGUCUUCCCAGGGUGCUCACACCAUCACCUGCCUCCAUGUUACCAGCCUGUUGCCAACCACAGGCUAGCAGUGAAAAAUAAAAAAACAGGACAAAAGAAAGGUGCUUUGGUAUUUAGAAAGAGGCCUUGCACUGGUUUUAUCAUUGCCUAAAGCUAGAUUGCUUGCUAGGCAGCUGUCUCUGCAAAGGUUUGCAAGCAUCUGCCUUCAGAGCUUGUAAGAAAACAGGGCAGGGUUCAGCUUGAACUUCACAGCACAUCCCCAAUGCAAGCAGCAUCCGAAACAUUUUUCACCAGCAUUUUUAGUCUCUACCACUUUCUCCUCCUUCAGAGCAAUUAACUUGAGCCAAACCAUCCAGCCAAUGGUUGCCUGGACUUAAUCAGCUGAAAAAACAAAAUAGUAGAGAUGUACAAGUGGAUCCUAGAAACUGUCUGCAAAAACUUCAUAUUCAUCCUCCCCUUCUCCAAAUACAUCUGCUCUCUACCUAUGUACUAGUAAACAGCUUAAUUGCAGAAACAUAGUCAGAAUGUGGUAUGAUACAUUUAAAUUUUUAAUCUGUUGGAGAACAGGAUUUGUUCCCACCCCAAACAUGUCAGGCUCACACCUCUUCCUACUAUUGCCAGCUUCUUCCCACAUCUCAGCUUCCACAUUUCCUAGACCUACUGUCGCUUUUAUCUCAUACUCAAUUAUGGGCCUGAUCUGCUAGGAUUCCUGUAAAAUGACAGUGUACUGUACCACAAAAGACUUUCCCAGCUCCACUGUAAAGGAAGAAGCUAUUUCCCAGCCAUAAACCCUCUAUGUAUGUCUCUACAGAAAUCCAGGCUCUCCCUGCCAUGGUGCACCUUCUCUCAACACUGCUGACCAUGCAGCUGCCUUGAAACUCUGCAUUCCCAAAGCUCGCUAGCUCUUAUUUUGUAAAUUAAUUCUAAAAAUAUUUCUUCUGGCAUAACUACUGUGUAGAUUGCCAAAUCCAGCCUUCCUCAGGACUUUGUCCCCUCAGUCAAAUAUUUCAAGCUUGCAACAGCAUAUAUGCUGUGCCCUGAUGCAAAUUCCCAUAUUCUGCAUUUACUCAUAUUUUUCCCUACUGUCCUUGGCUAGCUUACAACAUGUAAACAGCUAUAUCCUUUAGUUGUUUGGCUUCAUAUUCCCUCAUCUUCUCCCCCAAGGAGCAGACAAGUGGCAUAGCUGACAGCAGCCUCGGAGCAAUGCAGUGCCAAGCUCCCCAAUAUUUCCCCAUCUCCAACAAGCAAAACUCCAGCAGCAACCUGUGCUCUGCCACAAGCAUUUUAUCAGCUCAUACAAUCUUUGCAUAACAUUACCAGUUUAACUGCAUUGCAGCCAGUGUUUUAUGUUAACGCCUAACAAUUCCCAUAGACAUACAAUAUAUAGUGUCACUUCUGGCCACAAAACACAGCUACCUUAAACAAAUUCAAUGUAAAGGAUUAGCAACACCUGUAUUUAAUGAAAUCUCUGCUUGUGUUUGGAAAUAAAGCUGCUUAAGCCCUUUUCCUUUCUGGAAUGGUUUCUCACAUUCCAGGUGGGCUUUGAAGUCUUACAGUUGCACCUCUCUUUACUGAUGGGGAUGCUAAGACGGCAUAGAAAAGUACUUCACCUUUGUAUGUUUUCCUUCAUCCUAUCUAUCCUUCCCAAUUCUUUCCAACCUCCUAAGUUUCACCCAAGCAUCAGUACUUGCUUCUCUGCUGACCCACUGAACCAAGACAGGCCUCUUCCUAACAGGAUUCCUUUCUGUGUUCUCACUCACAUCACUUCCCCUCCCUUCACAAGCUUUACAUCACCACUGGUCACUUCUGCCACAGCACAAGCAUAGGAAAUGAAAUUUGACAUUAUUCCAGUACUUCCCCUACAGUAUUGUAAUUCCACUAUUUCUGCUUCCCAGAAAAAUCUAUUAUUCCUUUUGUACACCCGAGCCUCUAUGUGUGACUACACAAGUCAAUGUGUUCCAGCUUCCUCAAGACAAUCCCAACCUAACUUGAAGAUAGGAACUCACUCCCUGCCUGGACAAUCAGUGCUACAAACAUGUUCAGGGCUGCCAUUGCUUAGAACCAAAUUCUUCAGGAAAUUCAGUCACAAAUGCUAAUUGUAAAGUAUAACUUCUCCCCAUACAACUCAUUAUUCAUUACCAACAAGUAUUUGCUCCAGGCUAGACCUUAGAAUGACUGCAACCAGGUUUUGCAGCUAUAGUUCACAUUCCUGCUAAAAGGAAAGUGGCAUUCAAGUAAUAAACAGUAGCUCUUUCUUCUCUGAUGAAAGACUACUUACCCAUCUGCUGAUUAGCAAGAAAACAUCAACCUACACAGAAAGAAUGACCAAAGAUUUGGUUGCAAGACUUAAAUAUGGGUGGAAGAGGCAGGCACCAAAAGCAUGAAGUGUUUCUCACUGUUAAGGCAGCAGUUUUACAAGGCAAAGACUAACAACCCAGGAAUCCCCCAUCCAGCUUCUGUAGAAGGCAACAACAGUAAAAGGUAUAAACUUAAAUCAUCCAGAAAUUCAGUCAACUUGGAUGCCAGUUUGAGAGCUACCUUCAUAGCAGUCACCCAAAUCCAUCUCAUGAGCUGAGGUGCUGAGCCUAUGGCUUAGUUCUCAUCACCUUAGUUAUAACUUAUUGCAUUUUCUUGGACAUUGCCAGACAGUGCUGACUGUUUGACUACAGCCAAAUGUUGGCAAACUGAACACAUGCAUCAAAAAGGAGCAAUAAAACCAGCGGCAGCUGAAGUCACCAGUACGUAUUCACCUAAUUCACCCGAGCUCUUUCAGGUGCCAGGUUCAGUCUCAUGCUCAGGUUUACACAGCUGACAAUGCUACAUCUCAGUCCUGUGAGAGCUUAGCAACAUAGUAGGUCUCAAAUUCCCAUAACAAGAAUAGAUUUUCCCCUCCAGACUCCCAUACAUCUAUAGAAGAAAGAUAAGCUCCUUUCUGAAGUUAUUCCAGUCUCUGGAGGACACACAGAAGCAUGAUUACCAUUUGAUUUUUUUUUUUUUAAAUCCAGACUUUUUUUAGGAAGACUCCAUUAACAUAGAAUAAUGCAACACAACAGGAGAGCUGCAUGGUUUGCAGACCCCCUUAGACAAGCAACUAUGUGUAACACAGGUAGGCAAUACAUUUCAUGCAUAAGUUCAGAGCUACAGCCAGAGCCUGUCCCUCAGCAACUGUUUCUCAUAAUAAUUAUCAACCUCCUUACCAGAGAAAGGUGGGAACAAGCAAGGGCUACUGAAGACAUUAGAACCUAGAAGACAAAGACCAGAAGCUCCUAGGAACACAGAUAAUGUACUACAGCAGGGGCAGACCAGAUACAGGUAUAACACACCAGCUUGCUGGUACAGCUGCCACCAGAAAGUAUUCUAGAGAAUAAAAAAAACACAGCUAUUUAUAGCAGUACAGGACAAACUGGUAAUUCUUUAGGCUAUGGGUUCCACACUAAUAUCUCUGCUCUCUCCCACAUCCACUUUUAAACUGAAACAGGAUAGCCACUGCUCUAGCUGCUGCUGCAUGCAACAGUCUCAUGCAACUUGUUUUUUUCCACUUGGAAACCUGAGAUUUGGCACAAACUUUUGAGAUUGUACUUUGCCAGCUUUGGAAAAACAAAGCACAAAGCCAGCCACUGAGAAAAAUCCUCAGUAUACACUAUGGGACUCUGCCUUGUCAAGGGACUGAUCCCAGAGGCCAGAGUUAUGUCAGCAGAUGGGCUGACAUAAGAAAGCCCAUCUGACUUCAGGGUAGAGCCCAGCCUGUUCACAACAAAGUGCCACAGCCUGCAUAUCAUCAGUAUGAGAGUCAUCCCUUGCCGCCCUGUGUAAAAAUGACAGGAAAAAUGCUACAGCAGUGACAUUUUAGGAAUACAAGAACUGCUUUUGUUCACACACACCAAGGAAAAGAGUAGUUACAAUACCAUUGCUACCAAGCUCCAGUAGUCAGGUUUUCCAUUUCUUGGAAUUACCUUC